GUGCGAGUGGUGCUCGGGCAAGUCCCCGGUCAGCCCGAAGGAUCUUGCGCCGAAGUGGUGAAAGUUGGCGAUGACACGCAAAGUCUCCAGGUGCGCCUUGAAGCUGGUCCAGUCAUGGACAUCGAUGUGAAGCACGUUGUCGGCACAGCUUUGGAUGUGGUGAUUUGGGAUCUUCCGGGAGCCGGUACGCCUAACUUUCCUCAGGCCACCUAUCUCAGACGAAUGGGGAUUCGAUACUUUGAUGUUGUGUUAUUGGUUACAUCUUCGCGGUUUACUGAAGCGGAGCUCAUCCUGGCUGAAGAGCUCCAGAGGUUUGAGGUUCCAUACUUCAUGGUGAGGAACAAGGUGGACAUCGACAUCGAAUCCGAGAUUCUCCGCGAGGAGGAGUCGCUGGAAGGGAAUGACGAUGAAGAGCGUGAGCUGUCAAGAGAGGAACGCGAAAAAGUCGUGCAGCAAACCAUAAGUUGCAUAAAGACCUACUUUGCCUCCGAGUACAGCGUGGAUAACGUUUAUUGUGUAUCAUCCAGGAGAAAGUUACGCAAAACUCACGAUUUUCCCCGUUUGGAAGUCGACAUUUUGGAGGCCAUCCGGAUGCAGCGGUCAUAG